AUGUCCACGACCCCAACGAGCAAGGAGUACCGCGGCUCCAAGCACCCUCGAUAUGCGCUCCGCAAACAAGAAUUCCAUCAGCUCUCCGACAUUCAGCACAAGCUCGACAAAUUAUACAAGAUCACCGAGUUCGAUAAUGAUGCGCUGGAGAAGAUCUCCAUUGUACGAGGUUCCUCUUUCAAUAUCGACGACGACGACCCGAUCGACCUUGAUCCGAGAUUCUUUCUUCCUGGCCCCAUCGAGAACAUGGAAUAUGGGGUGGAUGUCCUCGACAAGACUGAAGGACUAUGUCGGCGCAGGUGGCCCCAACUAGAACCGAUCAAGAACCAUCAGAUCCGAAAAGAAACACAGAGGCUCGCUGAUCCAGAGGUGCAUCCCAACCAGCGGUACAAUUACUUGCGCGCGACAUACGAAGCAAAUAUGAGGGAGGCUGCGCUGCUGGCUGUGUUCUGCCAGGAAGCAGCCAAGGUAGAAUCGAGUUGGGCGACUCAUGGAUACAUCCAUGGCCGUAAAGCCCCAUGUUCUGAACGAAUCUGGUUCUCGACCGACAACGACCAACCAUUCCGAGAUUUCUGGACGAGCGGCGAAUACUACAGGUGGAAGCGUGGCGCUGGUACAUUCGAUUGCCACAAUCCCAAUGUCCCGCAUGCAGUUGCUACGGUGUACGACUCAUCGCGUCCGCUUCACCAAGGGAUGCUUCGUAGCGAACUACGGGUAGCAGUUGGCCUUCUCAGGGAGCAGAUCCGUCGUACCCGCGUCUAUGUUGACCAUUACAUCUAUCCUGUUCUAGUUGUUAGCUUCCAUGGUCGAUUUUCUGCUCGUAUAACCCAGGCAUAUUUCCAGAAUGCCAAAGUUGUCGUUCGACCAUCACGUCUCAUCGAUCUCCACACUCCAGUCAUGUCCACAGAUGUUGGACUCGUUAUCAGAUGGCUCAAUAGCAGAGCUGUCGGAGAGACACGCUUGCCCAUACCCGAGGCCGAGCAAUUUGAUGACCCUGUACCUACUGAGGUGGAGGUGUCUGAUGUGAAGGGCAUGUCUAACAAGACGAUUGAUGUUCGGUAG